UUCAUGAAAGUGGUGGAUAAGAAGAUACAAGUGCGUUACGUUUCUCGCGUCGCUGUCUUUCCUUUUUGGAAACCAAUCAUAGUUGACUUAUACACCCCCUGACACACUCAGUGACGUUCGAAGCGCAUCGCAUUCAUCUCUCUCUAUAUAACAUUCCUUCAUAUCGGAACUAUUACAUUCAAUUUUCAGUUUUUUUUCAUUCAUCAACCAAAAUGGCAACAACAACUCAACUAAUUCCUCAUGUCACUCUUGGAACCCAAGGCUUUCAGGUUUCAAAAUUGGGAUUUGGAUGUAUGGGACUCAGUGGUACUUACAAUGAUCCUCUUCCUGAACAAGAUGCUAUUUCCAUUAUUCACUAUGCAUUCAGCAAAGGGAUCACUUUUUUUGACACUGCUAAUGCUUAUGGAGUCGAUGGUUCUAAUGAAAUUUUACUUGGAAAGGCUUUAAAGCAACUACCUAGAGAAAAGAUACAGAUUGCAACAAAAUUUGGUAUAGCCAGAAGAGAUGCUUCUGGUAUGAGCGUCAAGGGUUCGCCGGAGUACGUGCGCUCAUGUUGCGAAGCUAGCUUGAAUCGUCUUGGUGUCGAAUACAUCGAUCUUUAUUAUCAGCACAGAGUCGAUAAAUCUGUGCCUAUAGAGGAUACAGUAGGUGAACUUAAGAAACUGGUGGAAGAGGGAAAAGUGAAGUACAUUGGGCUAUCUGAAGCAAGCCCGGAUACAAUAAGGAGAGCACACGCCGUUCAUCCCAUUACUGCUGUACAAAUAGAGUGGUCUCUAUGGACUCGCGACAUUGAGGACGAGAUAGUUCCUCUCUGCAGAGAGAUUGGUAUUGGAAUUGUACCAUAUAGUCCUCUUGGUCGAGGUUUCUUUGGUGGCAGAGGUGUUCUGGACAAUGUGCCUGCCGUUAGCAACUUGACUUCUCAUCCGCGUUUCCAAGCUGAGAACUUGGAGAAGAACAAAAACAUCUAUGAUAAGAUUGAAAGUCUUGGGAAGAAACAUGGGUGCACUCCUGCUCAGUUAGCAUUAGUUUGGGUACUCCAACAAGGCCAGGAUGUUGUGCCUAUUCCUGGAACAACUAAGAUCAAGAAUCUGGAUCAAAACCUUGGUGCCUUAUCAGUGAAACUAUCAGAAGAGGAGCUGAGAGAAGUUUCUGCAGCAGUUCCAUUGGAUGAUGUAGCAGGUAGCAGAUACUACAAUGGAUUGGAUCACUUUUCUUGGAAGUUUGCCAACACACCUUCAAAAGUUUAAAGGAUCUCAACCUGAAAUAUAAAUCCCUUUUAGUAUGAGAAUGCACUCCAUCAUGAAUUACGCGCAACAAACAUUUCUCUGUAUGUACUUGACUCAAUUUUGAUAUGCAUGGUGAACAAAUCAUGAUUGAGUGUUGUUUACAUUUGUUCUGCUGUUUUUGAUUCAAUAAAUAUUAACGGAUUUCAAUCAUCAAAUUCUAGUUGUAUUCCGUUGUUAGAUUGAAUGUGAAUCAGUAAAUAAAGUCUCUGAAUAUAUUAUUAUUUCGAAA